AUGCUUUAAGAAUAAACAAAAUCCUUAAGUUCAUUUCCUAAUCUUUAAGCACUUUGUAAAAAGGAUGAAAAACAAAAACAAUCAUUAGAGAAAUUGCUAUAACACAAACCUAAUGUAGUAAAGAGUUUAGAUAUCUAUGCUUAAAAUAUUGAAGAAUACUUAAAAGAUUAAAGAAAAAGGAUUGCAUACUUAAAAAAAAGAGAAGAACCCUUCUAUGAAACAAAACCAAUUUAAGCUUAUGAUGAAGCACUUAUUAUGUAAUACAAUAGAGUCAAAGCUAAAUAAUAUUAUUUGCAACAAUCACAAAAAAAAAUAUCAUAACAACCUUCACCUGAAUAACCACGUAAUAGAACACCUUCUAAAUAUUUUGAUAAGAAUUAUAAUCCAUUAAAAAGAAUUGAAAAAUUUGAUAUUCCAUCUCUUUAACCUGUUAAUGUUUCACCUCCAAAAGAACUCAAACCAAUUCAAUUCAGAGUAACUUAUAUCCUUAUUAAGAUAGUAUAAUUAUACAAUGUAAAUAAAUGAUCCACUUCUUAGAUAAGUACUUAAUACUCGUUAAUAAUGGUAUGAAGUUCCAAAUAAUUCAUUUGCUCAUUUAUAAUGGCUAACUUAACUCUUAGAUUUUAGUAAUCUUUCAAAAUAAGAAGUUGUUUCUAAAAGAUAAAUGGUAAAUUUAAUGGAAUUUCAACAUGAAUGGUCAAAUAAAUCAUAAUUAUAUAAUAAUCUUUGCUCUAAUUCACCAGAACAAGCAUUAAAAGUAUUACCACCAGGAUUUGUAUUGAAUUUUAAAAUUUCAUAAUGGGUUGAAGAUCUAGAAUUUCUUUAAGAUUAUUUAAUAACUCAUCAUCCAUAAAAAGAAACAUAAUAAAAAUUUCCAUUUUCUGUAUAUGUUCCUAAUAAAGGAGGCUAAACAUAUAAUAAAUAAAUUUCAAAAUUAAUUUAAGAUGUUCCAAAAAUUUGGAUAUGUAAAUCAGCUAUUGGAUCUGGAGCUACCAUAAUAAAUAGUAUAGAUUAAUUAUAAUCAUUUUUAAUUCAACAAUAUAAAGAUUAAAAAGAAUUUGUGAUUUAAAAGUAUAUUACAAAUCCUUUAUUAUAUGAUGGAAAGAAGUUUGAUAUUUAAAUCAAUGUAUUGAUUAAUUAAGAAAAUUCAAUUUUUAUUUCAGCUGAACCAACAGGAAGAUGUUGUACAGUUAAUUAUGAUAUUAAUUCGGUAUUCAAUUUAUUUAAAAUAAUUAGGAAGAUCCAUAUGUUCAUAUUAAACCAAAAUAAGUCAUAUCUCACAAAAAUUUAGUAGAAUUUUUAGAUACUUAAGGAAUAUCUUAAUAAGAUCUAUUGAAUCAGAUAAAGUCUUCAAUUUCUUUGAUUCCUUGUAAAUUAAAUAGAAGAUAAAGAAAAUAUUGUAUGUAAAUCUUUGGUUUUGAUUAUUUAUUUGAUAAUAACAAAAAAAUACAUUUAUUAGGAAUAAAUGCAAAUCCAAUUUAUACUUUUGCUGAAUUAGAUGGUGCUUUUAAAUUAACUUUAGAUAAAAUUUUCCCUAUAAAUAAUAAAAGUGAAGAAAAAUAAAUUUGGAUUAAUUUAUUUUGA